AGGGUCUAAAUGCUAACCCAUUAGGAGAGGAGUAUGUAGCUCAUGUCUCCUACAUGUUCAGCUUCCUACGAGUCAGAUGGCUGAAGAUGUGGGCCCAGGAAGUCUCUCAGGCAGAGAUGGAGCUGAGGAUCUCUCAGUGUGUGUUUGACCGACAGUCAGAGAUCACCAGACUACUGCUGGAGGGAAUCAACACUACACAUGCUGCCCAUUUGAGAAGUCUGUAUGACUUUGUAGAAGCCCAGGGUAGUUACUACGCUCAGUGUUACCAGCUCACACAGGACCUACACACCCAACUGGCCAGCAGGACACAAGCGUACGGGCUAAUCCAGGAAGAGUAAGAGGACGUGCUACUAUGAAGUCAUCAGUGGGAGGAAUGUCUUAGAUGUUAUCUACUGUCCUGUCAUAACCUGUAUGUGUCUAUCAAAGCAUCCAUGUACUCUUUAAGGGAGUUACGUAUCCAGGCCUGAAUGUAUGUAUAUGGUGGUGAUCUACAGUAUGUGCAGGUUAUCUAGAUGUAUAUGUAUGUAGGUUACUGUAUAUGGUGGUGUAGAUCUAUAUGGUUGUUAUAGACUGUGUCUAUUUGGAGACUUAGAAAUGGAGGAACACUGACACCUGUGUUUACAUGAUGUAUUGUGUCGUCUGAAAACAGUUUGUGUGUUCAAGAGAGGUGACAUUUUGUUGCAUAUGUAAUACGUGUGUGUGUGUGUGUGUGUGUGUGACCCUUCACCUCUAUAGGGUGAGGUCAUUUUCCAUACGGCAACAUGUCGUGCUUAUUCCAUAGUAUUAAACAUAUACACACACACUUACAGCCUUGAAUAUAGGCCCACCAGGCUAAACCGUGUAAAUGUUUCUGUCUACAGAUGUUUUCAAUUGACCCUGCCUGACAGGACAGCUAUACACUCACACACACACACACACACACACACACACACACGACAGACCCGCCUCGAUCUGCUGGUGCUGAGGUCUACAUGGUUACUCUGGGUUACUGGGACACACACAACACACACACAUUAACUAUUGAGGUUAACUUGGCAGGGUUGUUUCAGUGACAUUAUAAUGGUGUUUAAUUAUUAACUCUGAUCAUAUUAGAUCGUCUGGCAUUAUUUAUAAUCAUAUUAAACAGAUAAUGAGG